UUUAAAGCAGCUUUGGAGGCUUCAGUGCAGGGAAAUUAAAAUUGUAAAGUCACGGUCAUCAACUUAAUCUACAUGGUUUAGAAAUUAGCUGAACUUUUCAUUCAACCAAUCCAUGUUUAAGACAUCUUGGAUAGAAAUCAUUGAAAAGCUAAAAGGAUAAAAGCCCCACCCUGUUACUAUGUGACAGUCAAGUGCUUGCACCUUUCUCCUUCCCUAUUUUAUCUACAAGAGUCAACAGAGAGCAUCAGAUAAGGCCAGUGGACUCGACGAGACCUGCAAAACUGCCAUUGAUUUAUAAAAGCUGUAAGGCAAAUGAAUGUGACGCACGGAGAGCUGGACACCAGGAAGUUCUUAAAGGAAUAAGUUGGCACACCUCAGUCUGGAGUAUUUGUUUCAAAACUCAAGAGGCAAAAUGACGUCAUCAGUCCUCAUUUCAAACCUCACACAGGAGUGGGUGGAGAGUCUGCGCAGGUGGCACCUUGACUUUUUUUUCAUCCCCACCACAGUCGUCACUCUGGCCACCUUGCUAGCCAACCCUAUACUCCUCAUGUGCAUCUUUCUAUCCCGAGCCCUGCGUCAGGAGACACGCUACCUACUGGUGGCCAACACCCUGGUGGCUGACAUGCUCUUCCUCAUCCUUAACCUGUCAACGGUGAUCUGUAAUGCCGUGAGGGCUCAAAUCCCCUGGCUGCUCUGUGAGAUCAUCACAGCUGUCACCGUCACCACCUACUGCUGUGCCAUCCUCACUGUCACUCUCAUGGUGGUUGACACCUACGCUGCGGUCCGCUGGCCCCUCCAUUACCAUGACAUUCUUCCCCCUGCACGGACUCACCGUAUACUUGUUGGGUUGUGGGUGGUGGCGGCGAUUUACCCUUUCGUUCUGGUGAUAAUGAUGGAGAAUGAAAGAGGAAACCCAUAUGGCAAUGUGUCCAUGUGUCUGGCCAUCAUCUCCCUUGGCCUCAUUCAGGCCAAAGACAAAGCAGGGAUCCACUUCUACUUCUUUAUUGCCGCUCUCCUUUGCACCUUACUCAUUUUGUACUGCUACAUACGCCUCUACAUGGUCACACGGACUCAGGGAAUCUGGCAGAGCCGCUUCUCCAGGGCCCGGGUCACACUCUUAGCUCAUGGGCUUCUACUUCUGCUUUACUUCGCUCCUGGCCUUGUUUUCACCGUGGAGCUCUUCCUCUUCCACAGGAAAGACAUAAAUCUCGAUGUCCGGGUGUGGAUCAGCACAAUCAAUAUGUGUGUUUUCAUGCUGCUGCCCAGGGCAUUUGCUCCAUACCUGUAUGGACUGAGGUACAGGGAGAUCUCAGACACUCUGAUGCAGUUUCUACAGCAGCACAGGGGACUCAGCCAGGCCACAGUUUCAUAGAGACACUUAAAAACUCCCCCUUUCUCUCUAAUAAUUUAUUUGAGGACAACCUAGUUUAUUCUGUUUCAAAACACUCAACACUUGAUCUCAUUCAAGUCCUUUUUUGAACGACGAAAUCUGAGGAAAAAUUGAGUGCAAAGGGACCAGAUAUUCAUUUACCACAGUAAGCCAAGUAAAACUAAGAACUUAAAUAUGGUAAAGAUUAAAUCAUUUUUAUACUGCAAGAGAAUUAAAUUCUUGUUUUAAUUAGUCAGAUAUUGCAAUAAACUAUUUUAUACUGCUUGACUGUCAAUUAUAAUGAAAUUAGCUUUGUAAAAACCUUAAUAGAUUAUGUCUUCAUAUACCUGCAGACAUAGCUAAUGAAUUGGGUUAAAGCACUUUAAUACAGUGAUGAAUAAUGAUUACUGACACCUUUUAAAUUGGCUAAUGACCCAACAUUAUCUCUGUGUGGGUGUAUCACAAGCUUGAAGGGUCUCUCAUUGUAAGGAAUUGUUAAAAGCUGGUCUUUAAAUUCCUUAUCACCUAUAUUUUUUAUAUUAUUGUAGGAUUUAAUUUUUGUUUUUUAAAGGCCUGAUUUGUCCCAUGGGCUGCCUAUUGAAUAGGACAGAUCUGGCACAGUAGAGAAAUGUAUUUAUUCUUUCAUUAUAUUUAUUUGCAGUGGUUCACAUUUAAAGCAAUACCUUUAAAAGUUCAAAUGUGUAUUUGUAUUUAACUACCAAGGAUGCACUUCUCAUCAGCUCAUUAAAAUCUCUAAAUUCACAGAAACAACACUGAGUAAGCAUCUUCUGUUUUGCCGACAGCAGUAACACCAGAUGGUGUUUGCUUCUCUGCCUCUGAUCCUUUAAAUCUUAGUUCAGAAUAAUACAUAUCCUGGACACAAGAAGAAUCUGUAGUUCAGUACAGUUGGAUUGUUUGUCCCCGUUUGUGUUUAUUGAAGCACUUCAUUACCUUAGCUGAUGCUAAGCAUCACUUAAAGACCUGUGUGACUUUUUCCAUGUCAUCAUGACUUCUUUACUGCUUUGUCAAUCAAAAAAAGAACAUCCUGGACUCUUAAUUACUUUUUCUGUCUCAAUGUUGGGGAAUCUGCAGUCCAAUUAUUUAUUUAAAUAAACUGUAUACUCCAAAUGUGUAUUUCAUCUUCAUAUGUUAUGUAAAAGCCACGUAGAAUCAGACACUCAGCUUUAUAGCAAAGAAGCACUUAACUCUAUUUGCCCUCAAAGUGGUGUUUGUCUAGAACUGCAGU